CCUUCCAUCCUCCCCCCACCACCACUCGAACAGACUAGCGCUCCACUAGAAGCGCCUCCUCGCUUCUUCUCUCCUUCCUUUCUCACGGCCGGAAGCGACGGCGGAAGUGAACCCAGGCGAGACGGCGGCAACCGCCGGACCAUAAUGGCCUCAACCAGUGCUCCCGCAAGUGCGUGCCGCGUCACGCCAGCGCGCUCAACGGCCUCCUUCCUCCCCGCGCGCUCGCUGGCCGGCUGCAGGGCGGUGGUGUGGCGGUGCUGGUGCACAAGGAGGGGAAGGCGACGGGGAUGGGCGGGGCUGAGGGCCAGGUGCGUCGGAGGCCAGUCGUCCGCCGUGCAGCCCGAUUCCGAGAACGCUGGGGAGGGAUUGAUGGAGGAGGAGGACGGGCCGCGGCGGCCGCCGUUCGACCUCAACCUCGCCGUCGUGCUCGCCGGGUUCGCGUUCGAAGCCUACACCAGUCCACCGAUGUGGGCUGGCGCGAGACCGAUGCGGCGGAAUGUCAGACAGUGUUCCUAUCCGAGUGAGUUCGUGUUUCUCCGUGAAGUAUAUGAUGGACAAUUAGUCGUGAAGCUGAAGAGAGGCAUAAAUCUUCCUGCAAUGGAUCCAUGGGGUACAAGUGAUCCUUAUGUAAUUCUACAACUGAAUGGCCAAAUUGCAAAAAGCAACAUUAAAUGGGCGACAAAGGAGCCAACAUGGAAUGAAAACUUCACAUUUAACAUUAGGAAAUCUCGAGAAAAUCUGCUUCAGGUUGCAGCUUGGGAUGCAAACCUUGUUACCCCACACAAACGCAUGGGAAAUGCUGGAUUGUACCUUGAAUCACUUUGUGAUGGAAAUAGUCAUGAUGUUACUGUUGAAUUAGAAGGCCUUGGUGGUGGUGGAACUAUUGAGAUAGAGGUCAAAUACAAGAGUUAUGAUGAUAUUGAGCGCGAUAAACAAUGGUGGAGAAUACCCUUUGUAUCUGACUUUUUUGUGAAGAGCAGCCUGGGAUCUGCUCUUAGGACAGUCCUUGGAUCUGAAAGUAUAAAUGCAAGUCAGUUUGUGCAGUCUGCAUUUGGGCAACUCAGUUCUUUCACGUACACCUACCUUCCAAAACCACCAUCUUUGGAAAGUGGAGAUGAGAUCUCUGAAAGUGUUGAAGAAUCCCGGGAUAAUCCAGUUGAAUCAAAUGAGCUUCAACAGCAGAAUAUUGAUUCUGGAGAUAGUUCAUAUUCUCACAGUGAGGGUCAAUCUCCUGCUGCAGCUGUUAACAGUGCAGGAAAUGCGUCGUCAGAUAUGAAGGAAUCAGACGAAUACUUCUGGAGAGCUUUGAAUAAUGUGCUCAAUCAAAACGUUCUACAAAACUUUGGGUUUUCUCUUCCUGAGGUCAAGAAAUUGGAUGGAUUUGACCUAUUAAGUUCACUUGGUCUGAAAUCACGCGAAAUUGCCGAGCAGAAAUAUUUAGAGUCUGGAUUGGCAACUGCAGAUACUUCAACAAGUGAUGGCAGUGAAACAGCUCCUGAAGAUGCAGUUGGUGCUGUCAAUGAAAAUGGAGCAUUGACAGCCAAAGAGGAGAAGGAGCAAUCUUCCUUUCUGGACAUCAAUAAAGUAUCUCGUGAUGUAUUGUCUCAAACAGAGAAUAUACUAGGUGCUCUAAUGAUACUUUCAAAAAACCUCUCAUCAUAUGACAACAAUUCAGUAACAACAAAUGAGACAACCUGGAAAGAUGAUAUGAUCAUAGAACAAGAAGUUGGUGCAGCUGAAGACUCUAUUGAUAAGGAUAAUGCUGUUACAUCUACCAAACAAUCCGUUGAUGCACAGAAAGCAGAGGAUAUGCGGCGUCUGUUUGCUAGUGCAGAGACUGCCAUGGAGGCAUGGGCUAUGCUUGCCACCUCACUGGGACGUAAUAGUUUCAUCAAAUCAGAUUUUGAAAAGAUAUGUUUUCUUGACAACAUUUCGACAGAUACACAAGUUGCCAUUUGGCGUGAUUCUUCGCGAAGAAGGCUAGUUGUUGCCUUCCGAGGAACUGAACAAUCAAGGUGGAAGGAUUUGAGAACUGACUUAAUGCUGGUACCUGCUGGACUAAACCCUGAGAGGCUUGGUGGUGACUUUAAACAAGAAGUUCAAGUUCACAGUGGAUUCUUAGGUGCUUAUGACUCUGUUAGGAAUAGGAUCAUGGCUCUUAUCAAAUAUGCAGUAGGAUACCAGGAUGAAGAAGAUGCAGAAAAUAUACCUAGGUGGCAUGUAUAUAUAACUGGACACAGUUUAGGUGGAGCACUAGCAACCCUUCUUGCUCUUGAACUUUCAUCAAGUCAAAUGGCCAAGAAUGGUGUCAUAUUUGUGACAAUGUACAACUUUGGCUCCCCUAGAGUUGGAAAUAGAAGAUUUGCAGAAGUCUACAAUGCGAAAGUAAAGGACAGCUGGAGAAUUGUCAAUCACCGAGAUAUCAUUCCAACAGUACCACGUCUUAUGGGCUAUUGCCAUGUGGAAGCACCAGUUUAUCUCAAAUUUGGAGAUUCGAAAGAUGCACUGGUAAGCAAUGGAAUAUUAGAUGAUGAAGACCAAGGUGAUGUGAUAGGGGAGUACACACCAGAUGUUAUUGUCACUGAAUUUAUGAAAGGAGAGAAGCAACUUGUGGAGAAACUACUGCAAACAGAAAUAAAUCUGCUCCGCUCAAUCAGGGAUGGUUCGGCCCUUAUGCAGCACAUGGAAGACUUUUACUACGUCACACUUCUCGAGAAUGUGAGAUCAAGGUAUCAAGUGGCUGACAGUGCAAAUGAUGAAUCCCGCCAAUUGACAGCAUGAUCCUAGUAAAAUCGCGUGGUUCAACAUCCUGGACCGAGUUUGCCCGCAACGACUACAGUUCUGAAGGAAGGACAUUGGACGAGCUAGGGAGGUGCCAUGACGUGUCCGAUCCGCACUCUUCUCCAUCCAAACACGCACAUCCGAUGACUGCCGUGCCAUUUAAGCAUUUUCAAUGUACAGUUUUUAUGCCAAGUUGCCAAUUCUAUAUCUAGAUCUAGAGCUACCAAUCAGGAUAGUGAAAAGGUGCGAACCGGUUCACUGGUGGAUUGGAUGCCGGUAGCACUGUGGCUACUGGCAGAGAUGUUUGAGCGAGCUAUUUUUAGUUGAUGUAACUAGUACACAUUCUGAUGUAUUAUAUGAUGUUACAAAGUCUAGGAAAAAAGUCGAGGACACUUGAGAGAGGAUUUAGAGAAAAAAAAUACUAUUAUAACC